AUGGUGGCUCAAGACUAUAUUCCUAAAUAUUUGGGAGUUGAAGAUGGAGGUCAACAUGAGUAUAAAAGUUCAGAAGACUCCAUCUCAACUAAUGAUUGUUAUCCUGAGUUACAGGGAAAUCAAGCAGAGGCUCCUAUUCAACCUGCCAGUGGUAAUGAGACCACAGUUGUUCUAUGGUGUUUGGUUGAAGAACAGUUAUUUUACCAGCCUGCCCUUUUCGUUGUCUCUUGGGUAGAGACAAAUCUUUUGGCUGAAAAGGUAGAACAGCUGAUGGAAUGGAGUUCUAGGCGCUCCAUUUUCCGAAUGAAUGGUGAUAAAUUCCGAAAGUUUGUGAAGGCACCACCUCGAAACUAUUCUAUGAUUGUUAUGUUCACGGCUCUACAGCCUCAGCGGCAGUGCUCUGUUUGCAGGCAAGCUAAUGAAGAGUAUCAAAUACUGGCGAAUUCCUGGCGCUAUUCCUCUGCGUUUUGUAACAAACUGUUUUUCGGUAUGGUGGACUAUGAUGAGGGAACAGAUGUUUUUCAACAGCUCAACAUGAACUCUGCUCCUACAUUCAUGCAUUUUCCUUCAAAAGGCAGACCAAAGAGAGCUGAUACUUUUGACCUUCAAAGAAUUGGAUUUGCAGCUGAACAGCUAGCAAAGUGGAUUGCUGACAGAACGGAUGUUCAUAUUCGGGUUUUCAGACCGCCCAACUACUCUGGCACCAUUGCUUUGGCCCUGUUGGUGUCACUUGUUGGUGGCUUACUCUAUUUAAGAAGAAACAACUUGGAGUUCAUCUAUAACAAGACUGGGUGGGCCAUGGUGUCACUGUGUAUAGUCUUUGCUAUGACGUCUGGACAGAUGUGGAAUCAUAUUCGUGGACCUCCAUAUGCUCAUAAGAACCCACACAAUGGACAAGUGAGCUAUAUUCAUGGGAGCAGUCAGGCUCAGUUCGUGGCAGAAUCACACAUCAUCCUGGUACUGAAUGCCGCCAUCACCAUGGGGAUGGUUCUUCUGAAUGAAGCAGCAACUUCCAAAGGAGACGUUGGAAAAAGACGGAUAAUUUGCCUCGUGGGAUUAGGCCUGGUGGUCUUCUUCUUCAGUUUUCUGCUUUCAAUAUUUCGUUCCAAGUACCAUGGCUAUCCAUAUAGCUUUUUAAUUAAAUGAAGCCAAGCAGGAUUUGCAUAAACUGAAUGUUUGCCAUGAAGAUAAACCUGUUCCUGACAUUAUACUAUUUCGAAUUCUUGAAGUCAUUUCUUUGUUAAUUGUGAUAAGCUAGCUCCUUCUUGUAUACUUUUUUGAAACUGGGUUUUCCUAGUAAAUUUAAUUUUCAAAAACGGUAACAAUCUACAAAAGAAACAUGAAAGUGUUUUUCAAGCAUAUUAUAGUCGUGUGCCACAGGAUUGAAAUAAAUGACAAUGUUUUCCAACUCCUCAGUAGUAAAGGAAACCACAGUGUUCAUAAAGGAAACCUAAGGCAUGUAUGUUAAAAUUAGUUCUGUAUAGGGAUAAAGCAUAUGCAUGAAAACGUGUCAUGUAUGGAAAAUUAUUGCAGUUUCAGUUAUAAAGGAUGUGCACUGUUACAAAGUGUCUUGUUUGGUCUUAUUAAUCAUAACUAGAUCAAGGUCUGUGGGACAAGAGAGCUGGAUGGAUGGUACUUGUGAUAUUGAUGUCUCACCAGAAAACGAAGCUUUCUUCCUAAGAUCCAAUUCUAAAGCAAACAAACAUGUACUAAAUCAGCUUUCUCAAAGGCCUUCUGACAGUAGAAGCAUCACUUCACACACACAAAUCUUGUAGUGUCUUCUAGGAAUCCAGAUUUAUAAUAGCAAAAUGAACCCACUAUGGCCAUUUUCCUCUCGCAUUUUAUGGAGAAGCUUGCCAUCAAAAUCUCAGUCUCUGAAUCUAUAUGAAAGGUUAGUAUUCCUGGAGGAGCAAAUGACACAGUGAAAACCACAUUCAGGAAUGUAACCAUUAUUACCUUUUGUAUCCUGCUGUAGUUUUAUACAGCUCAUCUGUUUCUCACAUCUUUCUAGACUAGACAGGAAAUGUAAAUGUUGUCUGACUUAUAAGUGUACUAGAUGCCAGAAAUAAAAGGUUAAGCUGUAAACAAGCUUUCAAACUCAUCUAUAUUUUUAUGUUCUGUAAUGCAAAUUCAGAAAUGGUUUUAGUAAAAACAAUUCCUUAUUCAGUCAAAUAAG